CCUUCACCCAGACCCCGGAAGGCCCCGAGGCCUCCCCGUGGCAAGCACCGGGCUUGCAGAGCAGGGUCCCCCCAGGUCGGCGAGGAGUCAGAAACACACAGAAUUCACACCCGGACGCCGGAGGAAAGCCGGGGCCGCCGUGGUGCCCGGGAGCACCCGGCCCGCCGUCCGCAGGCCGCGCAGGGGAUGGAGGGGCGCGAGGCCUGGGGACGGCUGCGCAGGCGCCUGGAUUCGGAGCGGACGCACGCCCGGCAGGCCGAGGCCAGGCUGCGCCAGCACCUGCAGAGGCUGGAGCGCGCCUGCCGGUCCCACCUGAGGCUGCUGAGCUGGGAGCAGAGGCAGCUGCGCGGGGAGCGGGAGCGGCUGCAGCGGAACCUCAAGAGCAAGGGCCCCUCCUCCUCCGGGGGCGGAUGCCAGCAGAGACCAGCAGACGCCGCCCUGCGCCCGGCGCGGGGAGGGAGGCGCGGAGGAGCCCCACGGGCCUCGGGGCUCAGAGCACCAGCGACUGCCAGCCCGACGCAGGGAACCCACAAAAAUGGGUGCCGGGAGCCCCCUCCCUGUCCCACCGGCCUCAAGGACCCCGUGGAAAGCCAAGAGCCGUCGCCGCCGUCCCCAAGCAGCGCAGCCUCGGACGCCCCAGAAGGGGACCCGGCAGGCCGAGCCACCCCCACGGAGCCCGCACACCCAGACCCAGGGGCCAGCCCCGCGGGAGACCGCGGAGGGGUCCGCGGGGAGGAGGCCGGCUCAGGAGAUGCCUCCCGGAAGCCGGACCACAGCGCUGGGGAGCCCACGUCCCCGAGGGCCACGGGGUGCGAGGGAGACCCCAGCAGCGAGGCCUCGGCAUCCUCCCUCCGGGAGCUGUUUGCCAGGGCCGCCCACGCCCGCUACCUGCGGCUCCGGGCACCCCCCGAGUCCGAGCGGGAGCUCAGCCUCGCCGAGAUAUUCGGGCACAGGGGCCCCGGGGCCCCGCCGGGCAGGGCGUCCUCUCAAUCACCUCCUCUGUGACCGGCCAGUACCCCAUCAGGGUCACCGGAGAGACCUGUCCCCUGUCCCAUCUCCUUUCGAUCCCCGUUCUCUCCCUCUCGCUGCGUCCG